UAAAGGGCUGCGCGGGGCGGCGGGUGUGCGGUGCCGGGCGGGUGCUGCCGUUUAGGGGUGCGGGCGGGUGUGUGCGUGCGGGGCUGCCGGGCGAGAUGAGCGAGAGACAAGGAACCGGAGCUACAAAUGGAAAAGAUAAGACAUCUGGUGAGAAUGAUGGACAAAAGAAAGUUCAAGAGGAAUUUGACAUAGACAUGGAUGCACCAGAGACAGAGCGGGCGGCGGUGGCAAUACAGUCCCAGUUCAGGAAAUUCCAGAAGAAAAAAGCGGGGUCCCAGUCCUAGCAGCUACCUUAUAGCUGAAAGCAAAGUAACCCUGAAAUGCUUUAUCAAGAAAAUGAGAAAUAUCACAAAGAUGCAUGUACAGAAAUGAUCAAUAUUUAAAGCCCCAUUGGCAGAUAAUAAACCAUAAGCUCUUGUGUGACUUCAUCCCAGGUGUUUCACACCCAUUAUCCUCUGUAACUCACCAUUUUACUUGAUGUUGUAAUAAAAAGUUAGGGUGAAGUAAUUAAA